AUGAGCGCCCUCAAACGAAAGGACGCCCCCGGCGGCGACCGGCCGGCGAAAACGGCGAAGAAGACAAAGGAUGCGCCCACGAAGGAUGCGAAACCAAAGGGAGACCGUCCCGCCAAAUCGGCCGUCUCUGUCCUCAAAGACGAGGAGCCAAUGUUUCCUCGUGGUGGCGGCAGCGUCCUGACGCCUCUGGAGCAGAAGCAGAUCCAUAUGGAGGCUAAAGCGGAUGCUAUGCGGGAAGACGAAUUCACCACCACCAAGAAAGGCACCAAGGCCAAGAAGCAGAUCAAGGCCAAAGUAAGCAAAGGAAAGGGCGACAAGAAGGGUGCGCAGGAUGAGGAAGAUUCCGUCAAGGUCGAGAGUUUGAGUUUCAAAAAGUUGGUCAAGGGGUCGCUGGUGCUAGGACAAAUUUCCCGAAUCAAUGCCCUCGAUCUCGAAGUCACCUUGCCCAACAACCUGAUCGGUCAUGUCUCGAUCGUCGCCAUCUCCGAACAGUUGACCCAGAAGCUGGAACAUGUCGCCAACGAAGACAAGCAAGACGAUGAUGAAGAAGAGGAGAACGACAGCGAUGUGGAUCUCCAGUCAAUAUUCACAGUCGGCCAGUACCUACGUGUCUACGUCGUCUCAACAAUGGACGACUCCGCUGGCGGCAAAGGAAGACGCAAGAUCGAGCUGUCUCUCAGGCCAACCGAGGCAAACACAGGCAUGGGUUCGGACGAACUAGUAAACAACGUUUCGGUCAUGGCAUCUGUCAUAAGCGUGGAAGAUCACGGCUGUGUCAUGGAUCUGGGCAUCUCGAAGACCAGGGCUUUCCUGCCAAAGAAGGAAAUCCCGUCCGCCAUCAGCGAAGAGAGACUUCAGCCCGGCGCUGUCUUUCUCUGUUCAGUGAACAGCAAGGGCGGCAAGAUCGUCCAGCUUUCGCUUCUCGAGAAGCGCCUGAACAACCCCAAGGCCUACCCCGAGGACGCCACGACAAUCAACGCUUUCUUGCCCGGUACAACUGCGGACGUCCUUGUGACAAACACGGAUAGGCGCGGUCUUGCGGGUAAAGUCAUGGGGUCUUUGGACGUCACCGCCGAUGUGAUUCACUCUGGCGUCGGUCCCGAGGGUACUGAUCUGGACAGCACGUACAAGAUUGGCUCCAAGGUCAAGGCUCGUGUCAUCUGCACAUUCCCUUCUGCUAAGGAGCCCAAGCUGGGUAUUUCUCUGCUGCCACACAUUACGUCCAUGGGCAGGAAGCUCCCAACCAAGAGCACAAAGUUGCCGACUGAGGUACUGCCCAUCUCUUCGUUGAUCGAGAAGUGCACCGUCCGCCACGUCGAAGGCGAAAUCGGUCUCUUUGUCGAUGUGGGUGUGCCUGGAUUCAGUGGUUUCGUGCACAUUUCCCGCGUCAAGGAUGGCAAGGUUGACGCACUGUACGAGACCAGCGGUGCUUUCAAGACUGGCUCAGAGCACAAGGGUCGCGUGGUUGGCUACAAUCAGGUGGACGGCAUCUUCCUCGUCUCCUUCCAGAAGAGCGUGCUAGAACAGCCAUUUAUCCGCAUGGACGAUGUGCCCAUUGGUGCCGUGGUCACCUGCGAGGUCGAGAAGCUUGUGAUCAACGAGGAGGGUGUCAGCGGUUUGAUCCUCAAGCUUGCUGAGGGUAUCACUGGCCUAGUACCCGAGCGCCAUUUGUCGGAUGUCCGUCUGCAGCACCCCGAGAAGAAGUUCCGAGAGGGCAUGAAGGUGAAGGCCCGUGUUCUGUCGACGAACCCUUCAAGGAAGCGGAUGCGCCUGACGAUGAAGAAGACGCUUGUCAACUCGGACGCUCCCGUCGUCAAGGAUUACACUGAGAUCAGCGUGGGAAUGCAGGCCCCCGGCACGAUCGUCAAGUUGCAGAACAACGGUGCUUUCAUCCAGUUCUACGGUAGCAUCAGGGGUUAUCUGCCCGUGUCUGAGAUGAGCGAGGCGUACAUCCGUGAUCCUCAUGAGCACUUUCGCGUUGGCCAGGUCGUGUCCGUUCACGUCCUUGAUGUCGAUCCCGAGGCCAAGCGCCUCGUGGUAUCUUGCAAGGACCCUGCUGCGUUCGGCCUGGAUAAGCAGGAAGCUCUGAAGAAGCUCAAGGUUGGACACUUUGUGAAUGCCAAGGUCACGCAAAAGUCGGAAGACCAGCUUUACCUGGAGCUCGCUGACAGCGGCCUCAAGGCUGUUCUGCCGGUUGGCCAUCUGUUGGACAAGUCCCUGAGCAAGUGCGAGUUUAAGCUUAAGCGCAUCAACGUGGGACAGGCCAUGUCGGAGUUGCUUGUCAUUGACAUGGACGAGAAGCGACGGGCUAUCGUCUUGUCCCAGAAGCCUAGCCUCGUGGAGGCUGCCAAGCAGGGCAAGUUGCUCACCAGCUUCGACGAGGUGCAAGAGGGCGCUGUUGUGCCCGGUUAUGUGAGGCACAUCACUCUAACCGCAGUGUUCGUUCAGUUUGGUGGCAUGCUCCACGCCCUGCUGCCCAAGUCACGAUUACCAGCGGAGACUCAUGCGCUCGCCGACUUUGGCAUGCACAAACAUCAAUCCCUCGAAGUGAAGGUCGUCUCUACCAUCCCAGACAUGCAGCGCAUCCUAGUGGCUCCAGCCGACGCGAGCAUUGAGACCCCUGAGCGCAAGGGUAAGGAGAAGGUCGCGCCCCAAGACAAUUUGUCCGAAGGAAGCAUCAUCAGGGUCAAGGUCAGGUCCAUCAAGGAGACGCAGAUGAACGUUUUUGUUGUGGACAGUACCGUCCAGGGACGUAUCGACGUGUCCCAAUGCUUUGAUACCUGGGAGGAGAUCGACAAUCCGAAGGAACCCUUGGCCAAGUUUCACAGAGGCCAGACCCUCAAGGCGAAGGUCAUUGGCGUUCACGACGCCAAGGACCACCGUUUCCUACCCUUCUCGCAUCGCUCGGCGCAUUCCGUUCUUGAGUUGACAGUCAAGGGCAGCCACCUCGCUGAGGCGGGACCUGUUGAGCCUCUGGCACUGGGACAACUCAAGCUUGGCGACCAGCAGAUUGCAUUCGUAAACAACGUCACCGCGCAAUACCUUUGGGUCAACAUCUCACCCAACGUACGUGGCCGCAUUGCAAUCAUGGAGGCCUCGGACGACGUCUCGCAGCUUGACAAUUUGUCUGCCAACUUCCCCAUCGGUUCAGCCCUGAAAGCCAAGGUCACCGCUGUCGAUGCCAGCAACAACCGAUUGGACCUUUCUGCGCGCUCAAGCACUACUGCGCCCGCGGUCACCUGGUCCACGCUCAAGAAGAACAUGGUUGUAGCUGGUCGUAUCACCAAAGUCAACGACCGCCAGAUCCUUGUAAAGUUGAGCGACGAAGUCUCUGGGCCUGUGCAUCUGCCUGAUAUGAAGGAUGAUUUCAAGGAUGUCAACACUACGCAGUACAACAAGAACGACAUUGUGCGCGUGUCUGUUGUUGAGGUCGAUACGAGCAACAAGCGCCUUCGGCUCUCGGUGCGCCCUUCACGCAUCAUGAGCUCAACGCUGCCGGUCGUCGACAAAGAGAUUACCGACUUCUCACAAAUCACUCCUGGCGAUGUCAUCCGUGGUUUCGUCAAGAAUGUCGCCGACAAGGGUGUCUUUGUGCUCCUGGGUGGUCAGGUCACUGGCUUUGUCAAGAUUUCCAACCUAUCCGACCGAUUCCUCAAGAAUUGGAAGGACGAGUUCCAGAUCGACCAGCUCGUCAAGACGCGCGUCCUUUCUGUUGACCCGGUCACAAAGCAGCUCGAGCUGACUCUGAAGACCUCAGUCGUUGACCAGGAGAACUAUGUGGCUCCCAAAACACUCAACGACUUCAAGAAGGGACAGGUUGUGACAGGCAAGGUCCGCAAGGUGGAAGACUUUGGUGCCUUUAUCGGCAUCGACAACUCGGCCAAUGUCAGUGGGUUGUGCCACAGAAGCCAGAUGGCCGACAAGCCGGUGGACGACGCUACCAAGUUGUACAAGGAGGGCGAUGUCGUCAAGGCGUUGAUCCUGGACAUCGAUCUCAAGAAGAGGAGGAUUAAUUUUGGGCUGAAGCCCUCCUUGUUUGACGAAGAUGACACAGACAUGGACGAGGGUGCCGCGCUGGACGACGAAGAUGAAGAUGAUGAGGACGAGGACGAGGUCGAUGACGAUGACGAGCACGACAGUGACGUCGAGAUGGAUGACGGCGGUGCCAUGCUGAAGAUUGUCGCAGCCGGAGAGACAGACUCCGAGGACGAGGGAGACGAGGAUGAAGACGAGGAUGAAGACGACGAGGCAGAGUCCGAUGAUGACGAGGUUCGAGCUGGCGGUCUUGGUGCCGGCAAGAAAUCUGCGUGGGCAGCUGAUGCCUUUGCAGAGUCCGGCUCCGAGGACGAGGGCGAGAGCCAACCUACCGAGGUCAAGCCCAAGAAGCGCAAGGGUACCGAGAUUGAGGUGGAUCGCACAGCUGACCUUGACACCAACGGUCCGCAGACCGCCUUUGAUCAUGAGCGCCUGUGUCUGAUUGAGCCCAACUCGUCCGAGCGAUGGAUCCAGUACAUGGCCUUCCAGAUGCAAGUGAGCGAGCUGUCGAAGGCGCGAGAGGUGGCCGAGAAGGCCAUCCGGACCAUUGACAUGACCGAGGAGACUGAGAAGCUCGCCGUCUGGGGCGCCUAUCUCAACCUCGAGAUCAUGUACGGCAGCAAGGAGACAGUCGAGGAUGUCUUCAAGAGGGCCUGUCAGGUCAACGACGAGCAGGAGGUCUAUGAGCGACUGGCUAGCAUGUACAUCCAGUCGGACAGGCUCAAGGACGCCGAUGCCCUCUUUGAAGCCAUGGUCAAGAAGUUCGGCGCCAAAUCACCAAACGUGUGGUACAACUACGCUCACUUCCUGCACGUUACUCGCGCCGACCCAGCCCGUGCGCGUGCUCUCCUUCCCCGUGCCAUGCAACAAUUGCCCAAGUUGCACCACCAGAACAUCAUCAGCCGCCUGGCUGCGCUUGAGUUCCGGUCGCCCAAUGGCAACCCUGAGCAAGGACGCACCAUGUUUGAGGGUCUGCUAGCUGCUUACCCCAAGAAGGGUGAUCUGUGGAGUCAACUGCUUGACCUUGAGGGUGAUGAUGAGACGGCUGUGCGAGAUGUCUUUGAAAGGAGGACCAGGGUCAAGGGCUUGAAGCCCAAGCAGGCCGAGAGCUGGUUCCGGCGAUGGGCUGCCUGGGAAGAGAAGAGGGACCCCAAGGGCAAAGACAAGAUCAUGGUCAAGGCGAAUGCGUGGGUCGCGGCGCACAAGGCCAAGAGGGCUGCGGCCGAGGCUGCCGCUGCCGAGGAGGACGAGGAGAUGGAAGGAUAA